AUGACAGGAAAAGCCCCUCUCACUGGCUUGCGUGUCUUGGAGUUGGCAGGCCUAGCUCCAGGACCAUUCGCAGGCCUUCUUCUAGCCGAUAACGGAGCAUCCGUCCUACGAAUCGAUCGAGCAAUACCGAAUGUCACCCAUACAGAUACUCCAUCGAGACCUCCACCUCCAACGAAUGAUCUCCUUACACGACACAAAUCGUCAGUGGCUAUUGAUCUGAAAUCUCCCUCCGGAAUCGAAUUUAUAAAAGCUCUCGUCUCCCACGCAGAUGUAAUACUAGAUCCUUUUCGCCCCGGUGUACUUGAGAAACUAGGAAUUGGCCCAGAUAUCUUGCUUGGUCUCAAUCCGAAGAUUAUAGUGGGACGUAUGACUGGAUUCAGAAGAGAUGGCAGAUACAAGGAUAUGGCUGGGCAUGACAUCAACUACAUUGCUGUUUCUGGCGCCUUAUCUAUGCUUGGUAGAAAAGGAGAGAACCCGCUACCACCUGCCAAUAUUCUUGGAGACUUUGCUGGUGGAGGGGCCACAUUGUUUCAAGGAAUAUUACUUGCUUUGUUUGCAAGAGAGAAGACUGGCCGCGGGCAGAUCGUCGAGGCAAACAUGGUGGAUGGCAGCGCCUACCUCGCCACAUUCCCAAGAUUGCUGUUGAAUACGCCAAUGUGGAACAAGCCGCGAGGGGAAAACGUGCUUGAUGGUGGCUGCCCUUGGUAUGAUACGUAUGAGACAAAAGACGGAAAACAUAUGGCGGUGGGCGCGCUCGAGCCGCAAUUCUUUGCAGAGCUUCUAAAAGGCCUCGGCCUCUCGGGAAAAGGAAUUGAGAGGACACGGGAUGAUCGAAGGACAUGGCCUGAACUAAAACACACCUUUACAAAAUUAUUCAAAGCCAAGACAAGGUCUGAGUGGGAGGUGAUUUUUGAUGGCACAGAUGCCUGCUGUACUCCAGUACUGGAUUAUGCAGAGCUUCGGCAAAAGGACAACGGAAGAGAAGGAGACCAGAGGCCAGCCGUGACGCUAAGGAACACCCCUAGUCUAGCUGUCUCUAAUUCGGAUCUGCCAAGAGACCCAGCUACGGGACAAGGACCCGGGAUUAAAGGAGCAGGAUACGUAGCCACAAUUCUCGUUCCUGGGCGUGGAGGUGAAGAAACACUGAACCACUGGCUCGGGUGGAAGCGAGGUAAGGAUUUCGACAUCGAAAACGGAGGUUUAAUCAAGAAAUCGAGUUCCAAAUUGUAA